CGACAUGCCGUAGCGAAAUAAUCGCUCUACUUCUGGAGCUACAGGCGCGGAAUUUCUUGCUCAGGGAAACUUUGCUUAAUCUAAAGGUAGUCUACUUCGUGGGACGUCAAAGGAGUGAAAAGUGCACCAAAAUUCAGUUUAGUUUGGAAGAGGAAGAUUUAAGAUCGUACUGCCUUUAGUUGAGAGCCUUGAGUUAAUCGUCCGAAAAGAGGCAGCUGCGAUGGAGGACGUCAUACGGCUGGUGUCGUCCGGCGAUGACGUGAAGAUCUGGAACUCCGCCUCCAUGGCGAUGUUGGAGCAGUUCAACCCACACAGCGCCACUCACCCUGUGGCCCGAGUGUGCUGGAGCAGCAACAAUCAGUACCUGGUCAGUGCCAGCAGUGUUGGAGACAAGCUGGUGGUUUCCAGCCUGAAGUCCUCACCGGUCCCAGUGGUGGAGCUGGCAGCAGGGAAAAAACAAACCCGAGUCAGUCUCAACUCCACCUCCCAGUUCCUAGUGAGUGGAGGCCUGGAUAGCACCGUCCACAUCUGGGACCUGAAGACCAAGAAGCAGCACCGCACCCUUCAGGACCACAAGGAGGAAGUAACCUGUGUGUCCUUCAACGGGAGUGACAACUACAUUGCUUCUGGCUCCACCAGCGGUGACAUCAUCCUACAUAGCAUUACCACCAACCUGUCCAGCAAGCCAUUUGGACUUGGCUCCAACCAGCCCAUUCAUGACCUGAGGUAUUCGUACGUGAAGAGGUCCCUGCUGGGCAGCAUCUCGGACAGUGGCGCAGUAGUGCUCUGGGACGCCAACACGCAGAAGGAGCUGCACGUGUUUGAGGGCUCCCACAAGGCCCCGUGUUCUGGGCUCGCCUUCUCUCCCGCCAACGACCUGCUCUUCGUCACCGUGGGCCUGGACAAGAAGAUAAUCUGCUAUGACACCUCCAGCAAAAUUGUCCUGCGCAGCAUGCGUGUAGAGUCUCCGCUGACGGCCAUUGACUUCACGCCUGAUGGGGCGGGGCUGGCUGUAGGCUCCACCCAGGGGAAAGUGUACCUGUACGACCUGCGGAACCUCAGUGCCCCUGUCAAGACCACAGCUGCACACAAGACCUCCGUCACUUGCCUACGCUUCCAGCACUGCCACACGCACCAUUCCAAGUCCAGUAAAGGGGUGUCCAACAAGACCUAUUCAACGGUUCCCAGCAAGAGGGCAUCAGGGAAGCAGACUAAUCCCCAGGGGGGCCCUCCGGCUCCCACCGCCAUGCCCUUCCCCAAGCCUGUCGCCGAGCAGUCCGUGGACGAGCGAGGGGACUGCCACGCCCAGAACUCAGGCAGCGAAGCUUUCUCCAGACAGACAGAGGAGCAGCGCAAUGCUGAGCGCCUCCCAAGCCUGGGCAAGUUCAGCAACGUUGGGCGCAACAGUCUGGACAUCUUCUCCCCCGUCCGAGAAGACUACAAAGCACACAGAGCAAUGGGAGAUCCUCCAAGUGGGAAGAAGGCAGAUGAGCUGGACUUCCUGUCCCAGUACUCCAGUGCUCUGCCACACCGCAGGACUCCCAUUGGCACUCCCGGGGGGCAGUGCUACAGCCCCCUGUUGGUGUUCGAGACCCCUCCACCAAUCAGAGAAGAGGAACCAGAUUUGGGUUUCGCAGCAGUGCCGGACAUCGCACGGGGGGAUAAGACUAGCUGCCCCAGCCUGGAGUUGGACUCGCAGACCACGGCUGCCUCUUCCCAGACCACCCCAACUCCACUGGCACCCCAAUGCAAUGCAGAGCCCACAUUGAGCUGUGACACUAUGACCCUCAAUGGAAAUCUGCCCACAAGCACCCCAAACCCUGCACCCAGUGCAGUGGGUGUGGCCUCCAGUCUGUCAGAGCGCAUCAUGGAGACCAUCGGGGGGGAGCCAGGUGGGGCUCCUCUUACGUCUCUCCAGAUCCAUUUCAUUCGCAACAUGAUCCAGGAGACACUGGAGGACUUCAGGGACUCCUGUCACAGGGAUAUAGUGAACCUACAGGUUGAAAUGAUCCGACAGUUCUACAUACAGCUGAAUGAGAUCCAUGGCCUGAUAGAGAAGUACUCUGUGACUGACACACUAGUGGAAGAGAUCGAGAAGCUGAAGGAAGAAAAUCGACGACUCCGAUCCAACUACUGAUGGCACUUUGAACCACACACCCUAACCUGUACCCCCCUGCCCUUCCACCAUCUUUGACAGACUGUCUUCCAAAGAGAUUCCCGCCCCAUUGCGGAAGGGCUUUUGAACCUUCAGUAGACUGUUGGGGGCCCAGGUGGGUGCCAAGGGUGUUGCGCUUAGUCUUGGCCAUCCCACACAGCUGAGCAGAUGGGGGGGGGAAAAUAGUCUUUUUGUAUUUUUGAUAUGAGAUGUUUGAUUUUCCUUUUAUUUUUUGGAGUGGCUCAGGAUCUCUGACUGGACUUGUAUGUGCCUUAACAUUAGCAUCACUAGAGUACCAGAGAGUGAGGAGGCAGUGCCGAAUUUGGAAGAGAGCACCAUGUUGUUAAACUGUCUUGUGCUGCUGCGGUGCCACCUCUCGCCGUUGGAAGACCUUGGCGCUCGCUCUGAGAAAAGACCGAUGCGCGUUGGUUUAGGCUGUUCAGUCGAUGCACAGUAAUCUGCUAUGCCAAGGGACCGCUGGGCCACGCAAAUCCUCCGUGGUGAAUUUCUCUCUUGAAGAAAUCCCAGUUACAGCACUGGCCAAAAGCACUAUGUCUCCGUCAGUUCAGUCUAAUGUACUGGAUUUGAGUACGCAUUUUUAAAAUUAAAUCAUAGCAAUACAUAUCUGAUGUAGAUUCACUAAUUAAUGUGUGGAAAUACUCAUUAAAGAAGAAUGCAAAGUGGCA